GAGAUUCCCUCGACAAGAUGGUGGCGCGGUCGGCUCGUUGAGAAGAGCGGCAGGUGGAAGCGAGUCUGAAGGAGGCUCAGCUUUGCUCGGAAUCCUUCAGACCUCGGGGUGUCCCGGGGUGGGGUCGGGGUGGGGAAUGCAGUCGGGACAGGACUCGCCACCGCGGCUCUGAGCGCUUCGAGCCCCCCGCAGCCACUGCGGCGCCGCGUCUCUCCGUCCGCUCCCGUGGCCGCCGCUGGCGAUGACCGGAGAGAAGCUGCGCUCGCUGCGCAGAGACCACAAGCCCAGCAAGGAAGACGGGGACCUGCUGGCGCCUGGCGAGGAAGAAGCGGCGGCCGCACCUGGAGGAGGAGGCGUCUUCACCGGAGGCCGGGCGGGGAGCGGCAAGGGCGGCCGUACCGGGAGCCACCGCAUUUUCACCAAUCACCACCGACUGCCCCUGAAGGGAGGGCCAGGGGGGUCCUCUCCAGUCGCCGGUCCCGAGUCCGACAAGUGUCCGGCGGCGCAGUUCCCCGUGCAUGAGUGUGUCUUCAAGGGGGACGUGAGGCGGCUGUCAGCACUGAUCCGCACACAGGGCAUCGGCCAGAAAGACAGUCACGGAAACACUCCGUUGCAUCUUGCUGUGAUGUUGGGGAAUAAAGAAUGUGCCCACUUACUUUUGGCCCAUAAUGCUCCUGUGAAAGUGAAAAAUGCUCAGGGGUGGAGUCCUCUUGCAGAAGCCAUCAGCUAUGGAGAUAGACAAAUGAUUACAGCACUCCUAAGGAAAUUGAAACAACAGUCUAGGGAAAGUGUUGAAGAAAAGAGACCUCGAUUAUUAAAAGCCCUGAAAGAGCUAGGUGACUUCUAUCUUGAACUUCACUGGGAUUUUCAAAGUUGGGUGCCUUUACUUUCCCGAAUUCUGCCUUCUGAUGCAUGUAAAAUAUACAAACAAGGUAUAAAUAUCAGGCUUGACACAACGCUCAUAGACUUUACUGACAUGAAGUGCCAACGAGGGGACUUGAGCUUCAUUUUCAAUGGAGAUGCUGCACCCUCUGAAUCCUUUGUAGUUUUAGACAAUGAACAAAAAGUUUACCAACGAAUACAUCAUGAGGAAUCUGAGAUGGAAACAGAGGAAGAAGUUGACAUUUUGAUGAGCAGUGAUAUUUAUUCAGCAACAUUAUCAACCAAAUCAAUAACCUUCACACGUGCCCAAACAGGAUGGCUUUUCCGAGAAGAUAAGACAGAAAGGGUAGGAAACUUCUUGGCAGAUUUCUACCUGGUUAAUGGGCUUGUCUUAGAAUCAAGGAAAAGACGAGAACAUCUCAGUGAGGAAGAUAUUCUUCGAAAUAAGGCUAUCAUGGAAAGCUUGAGUAAAGGUGGAAAUUUGAUGGAACAAAACUUUGAGCCUGUCAGGAGGCAAUCUCUAACCCCACCUCCACCCAACACAAUUACAUGGGAAGAAUACAUAUCUGCCGAAAAUGGAAAAGCACCUCAUUUGGGUAGAGAACUGGUCUGCAAAGAAAGCAAGAAAACAUUUAAAGCCACAAUAGCCAUGAGUCAAGAAUUUCCUCUAGGAAUUGAAUCAUUGUUGAAUGUUUUAGAAGUAAUUGCACCCUUCAAGCACUUUAAUAAACUGCGGGAAUUUGUGCAGAUGAAACUUCCACCAGGCUUUCCUGUAAAGUUAGAUAUACCUGUGUUUCCAACCAUCACAGCCACUGUGACUUUUCAGGAGUUUCGUUAUGACGAAUUUGAUGAAUCAAUCUUCACAAUUCCUGAUGACUACAAGGAGGACCCUAGCCGUUUUCCUGAUCUCUAAUGUAACUGGAAACCUAGCUGUGAAUAAAGAAUACCAGCAUGCCACAAAAGGAGAGGAUGCAGAUAGCCCACAGACACCUGAUAGUGGGUGGAACUGGAAGGGAUAAAACUUAAAUUAAUUCAGAAAGGGAACACUGAGUGAAGCUCAAUCAGUUGUACAAUAUCAAGAGCAUCCAUCUAGUGUCUAAAUGACAGCAGGUGUCCUGGUGUGUCACAUGCAUUUAUACAUCCAGACCUGCAAGCAUGGUUGCCUGGCACCUCAGUGAUGAGCCCUCCUCCUUCCAAACAUACUUACAUAACAGCUAUAAAGACUGUAAUUUGUUUUUAAAUUUUUUACGUUUCUUGGUAAUAAAAAGCACUCUUGGACCAUAACAUUAAUAACUAAAAUGUCUUACCUGGCUGGUGGCCAUUCAAAGCAUCUGUGUUAUUCAAGAUGCCCUCAUAACCUCCCUUUAAGCUUUGUUUUCAUUAAUUGUAAAUUCUGUAAUAUUCCAUCAAUUGAACAUCAGCUGAGCAUAUAGUAAAGAGAAAUUAAUUUUAUGUAGAUAAUGAACCAAAUGGUAGCCACUUAAACAGUUGCAUUUACCUUAUUGCAAUACAUUUCGGAACUAGAGAAUUCACUCUGCAGGGAAUAAGGUACCUCCUUUAGCACCUUAGUGCAAUUCAUUGUGGUGCUAUUCAUAUUUUCCCAAACUGUUAAUUUCUCCAUUCUCCAUUUAUUAAUCUCAUGAAAUUUGCUGAUGCUAUUUUUUCAAGCUGGUUGGAAAUUUCCUUUCUGUGCAUGUUGGAGAGCAUGCUUGGAGACUUUUCAUUAGUCUACAAGUUGAAUCACUGACAUUGACCUGGUUCAAGCAAGCUGUAACACAUAAUCACAACCAUCCCCAGCCAUGGCUUUUUUUUUACUAUCCAAACCUGGAUAGCAUGUCAUCUUUGAGGGAGAAACAACCUUCAUAUAACCAAUGGGCUUUGUUGGCUUGUUUGAGGGUUGCUUCCUUCUCAAAGGAGCCAUGUUUACUGUGUUUGGAUGAUAAACGUAUUUCUAUCCUGCAUGCAUUGCAGCUUAAGCAAACUCCUGUGGCUUCCUCCCCCCCCCCCCCCCCAUACUGUUUGUGCAAACCAGUCCAUUCUUUUUGGGUUUAUCUAAUCUAUACCCAUCAAGCACACUCACCCUAUAUUGAUGUGCAGAUGCACUUGGGAAUAUAUUUAAUAUAUGCAGUUAUAUUACAGAAACAAUCUCAGAGCUUUAGAUUUUUUUCCUAAUAAAAAUCUAGGAUAAAUGAAUAAGGCUUACAAUGAAUAAAAGAAAAAAUGUGCAAGAAUAAUCAGGGUGUUCCCAGCAUGGGUAGCUACAGAAAGAAGAAUGGUUUUUGUUUUAUUUCCCCCCAGAUGGGUUUUUAAAAAUUAGGAUCUUCACAUGGUUCCAGUGUAUGAAACUUGAAGAUAACCUAGCCUUUUUGCUUUACUGGAAAGAAUGUGUCCAAAAUUGUCGGUACUUAACGAUCAUUUGUAUUCAGAGGUUUAGCUUCCGGUGAUGUGUAAAUGUACAAAAAUGUAAAUAUUUUCAGAAGUAUAUUCUUUGUGCAACCUAGUCAAUCUUUUUUUCUGGAAACUGCUCAAGUCACUUUCAGACUUGAAGAAAACCACCAUGCUGGGUAACACACCCAGUGCUGGCGAUAACUUGGAAUGUGAAAUAAGGUGAGGUGGGUCCCGGCACUCAAAAUCGGUGAGCCGCAUAAGCUUUGUUAGGAAAAAGAUACAGUAGUCCCACUUGCUAUAAUGUAUGAUGGGAGAAUUCUUGGGCCCAAUUCCAGAAAUAUGGUAAAUUUAUUCAAAGCUCCAACCUUAACUAAUCUUGACAGUAAAAACUGUGUGAACCCUUGACUGACUGUACUGUUGUGGUUGCCAUAUUAUUGGAAGUACAAUUUUGUUACCAAUAUCCAUUAUGAGAGAUGCAACUUUUCCAUGUAAACAGAUAAUGAAACAGAUACAUGCAGAAAUGUUUUGUCAGUUACUGUUUCCUCUGCUAGUUGAUUCUAGGAGGUGGCAUGGGCUUUGAACGCCUGACACUGUAGAUUGAAUCCAGCUGACCCCAUUUACUGAUGGAACUGGAGGCCAGGGGGACUCUCUAAAGUGGAUUUGUGGUGGAGGGAGAGAAAAAGUGCUGUUGUGUGAGUGGAAGUCUGUUCACAUGAUGUUAGAUCUUGCCCUUUGUUUUAUUAGUCCUGUAGGUACCUCAUAAAAUACAGAGAUGCUUUAUAGGAAUUUACAGUUCUGUUCUUACAUGAAUGAAUGACAAGCAGUAUGCAGUUAGGUGAUGGCCACCAAACUGUGGGAAUAUGCAACUGGUCAUUUCCUAAAUCUAAAAUUAUUGGGUAAAUAAUGCCAAAGUUGUCUUUCAUAGAGAUCUACAAAAAUAAAUAUUGACCGAAGAGUUGUCAGAAUAGUGUCUAGCAAAUAGGUCUCUGCUCAAAGUGGUUAGACAGAAAGUGUUGGAUCCUGCCUUUGUCAUGCUUAGCGUAGAACACUGAAGUGCAUAGGACUUAACUUGGUUGUGGCUAAAUUGUUACAUUGAUUUCAGUAGGUCUACUCUAAGCAUAGGCAAGGUUGGAUCCAACCCAAUGGAAAUACUUGUCCUCUUUGGUAAAGGCAUAAUACUGGUUUAGUAAAUUCUGUUUAGAAAAGAGAUUAAUCUUAACUUGAACUUGAUGGAUAAAAAUGUAAGAGGUGCUGCAACAUCUCUGAGCACAUUUGUGAGCUCUCAGAAAUUCUAGUCUAUUUGCACCCCAAAAAAGAGGGGAGCCUUACCAGCUGUGAUAGAUGUUUAAAAAUGCAAUUUAUAUUGUAUUUCAUCACAUCUUAAAAUGUGUAGCUAUAUGGAGUGUUUUGUUACAAUAGUAAGUUUCAGGAAAAAUUGGUGCCCACAGCAGCUGGUCUGUCCAAGGCCAGAUGCAUUUAAAAAAUUCUUGUAUGCAUAGAGCUUUUAGUUCAGGAACUUGUGACAGUGAUCCAUGCAACUAAAAAUAACGUUCAUGUAUAUUUACUCUCUUUGUAAUAAAUGGGAAAUCCCAGUAAAGGGGGCUCUAUGCAUGCAGGUACAUUCCUUCACUUAGAGCAAAUUCUAGAUUAGAAAGUCUUAGAUCUGAAAUUUUGAUGGUAAUGAAUUGGCAUGAAUGAAGCAAACUUGUUUAGCACCUAAUAGUGCAAGACUUCACAGCACUUGUGGCUCCUUGUUCUUUUCUGAUGUAGCAAAGUCACAAUUAGGUAACUCCUGGUUAGCAUUUUGCACUUCAUAAUUUUUCUUUAAAUGCAUUCUCACUGGCUGGAAAGAAAAUAUUAUGUCCUGGAGAUCUGUGGAAUCAUUUUCAAGGAUUUGCAUCUCCUUGGAUAUGGGAUUGCAUUACAAAGAAAAGUCCAUGCAACAAUGUGUAAACUACCACAGGAGGGGUCAGGUUCAAGUCCUUUUUCUAUGCUUCUAAGUUCACGUAGCUGAAGUUUGCAUUUUUGGGAAGCAAUUUGUAUUCCAAAUAUUUUGGACAGAUUAAGGAUGGAUAAGUUAAACUCACUAUUCUAGCAAAAUCUAGCAAAAGUAUCUUGAUAAACAUAAAUGAUGAAUCUUUUUAAGGAAUUCCAGAAACUCUUCCUUAACUAAACUCACUUUUACUGGUCUUCCAAGUAAUUGCUUUAAUUCAUGGCAAAGGGAAAUAAUCUUUCUUUCCAAGCAGCAUACUUUUCAGUUACCUUAUUAAGUCUGAAAUGACAAUUCAUGGAUAUAUAGCAAUUUGUAUCAAAUAGUACACCUGUGGAUAUCAGUUUGUGCUGGAAACCCACCAUAAGUUGAAGCAUAAUAUAUUCAAAAAGUCAAUUUAUAAAUAUAUACUUGGAUUUGAUUCAUUAAAGAUAAUUACAUUAUUUAAACUUUAUUAACUAACUUCCUAUAAUGCUGCAGUUUUUCUUUUGAAAGUUUAUAAUUGUGGAAACUUAAAUGUCAUUUUUUGUAUAUUUUCCUGUGUUUGUCUAAUCUAGCUCACCUUCACUAAUAGGGGUUUUUGUUUUUGUUCUGGUUGCACCACUUAGAAUUAAGACCAAAAGAUACUGUUUGCUUUUAAAAUGGAACAUAUGGACAUUUUAAAAUCUAUACGCUACCAUGUGUGGACACUUCCUCCAUAUUAGAGGAAGUUUAAGAAUUACAAAAAAAGCUGUUACAGUGUACCACUUUCACAAGAACAUUUUAUUGGUCAGUUUUUCAAUAAAAUCCUCAAUUUUCA